CUGCAUUUUCCGUUUCAUUUAUUUUUCUGCCAAAGCACCAUGACGUGCACGGCGUUUGUCUGUUUGUCUCCUUGACGGCAUCCGGCCAGCAGAGGUGCGCCGUCUCCAGAGCAGACAUACAGAGGGUACGACUGCUAAAGCGAGCACUGCGCCGUCGCCGGCCACGCCAAGCACCACAGCGGGUUUUUGUUCCAUGACCGAGCAUUUCGGCCAGGGCUUCGUCGAUGGUGGUGACUGGGUUUAUGCAUGCGGCAGGGGGGGGUCCCCUGUAGACUCUGAUCUGGACUGCCAAAUUCUCUGCAACGCGUGCGAGAGUUGCGAUGCCUGGAUGACAGAUAGAUUCUGGUUUUUGACAUGCUAUAUGGCUUCUGGCGUUGUGGAAUGGGAGGCGAACGCUUACCGCAACGGCGGAUCUGCCUGCAAGGCGUGCAAAGGAGUGGACAUGAAUGUGCCAGAGCUCGACCGAGUCUACAGCAGCAGUGCUGGAUACGCCCAGUCAAUGCUCGACUCUGUGCAGGCUUGGUCUGCCGCGUCCAACACGAUUGGCCAGUGGAUGCAGAUGGACCUUGGCAUUGAAGUGUGGGUUGCUGGUGUUGUGACUGCAGGUCGUUAUGACUGCUGCGAUCAGUGGGUAUCCAGCUACGAGGUGGCUACUUCGCUGGAUGGCAGCUACUGGUCUUCCGUGGACGAUGGCUUGGAGUUUACGGGCAACUCAGACAUGCACACCAAGGUGCUUAAUUUUUUUCAGUCACAGGUCAAGGCACGCUAUGUCCGUAUCCUGGCGUCGGGUUGGAACAAUCAUAUAUCCAUGAGGGCUGCGGUCAUCGACGACACCGGCUCGACGAGGACCAUGGUUUGCCCUGAUCAUACUGGCAUUGGUGAGUGUGGUAUUGUGACGGCUAUCGAUGUUGGUUCUUGUAUUCCCGAUGCGGAUUUUCUACCGUGCAACGAAACGGGGUACAACGAGUACUGUGACGGGGACGGCGAAUGCGGCACGGAUGAAUUUCUUGAUAAUUGUGGGGAGCCCGACGUGUAUUUGAAGGCGGCAGCCACCAUGAAGUGUGGCGUGUUUCCGCCAUAUUCCAGCUACGGCUGCUCUGCAGGCGGAGGGGCCUUCGAGCUCUUGAGCUCCGACGCAGACGAGCAAGCUUGCAUAGCAGCUUGCGAAUCGCAACGUGGCUAUGAAUAUUCGCCAGCCUGCUGCCUCGUUGGGACGUACGGCUGCUACGUGAAGCCGCUCUCGGAUAUCAAGGCCGAGGCAGGCGACAGCGGAAAAGCAGUGAUGUGCUACGUGCAGGACGAAUGCGUUUUCAAAGGUCAUGGCAUUUGCGGCAACGGGUAUUACACAGGUUGGGAUAGAACGGGGUUAGAUUCUGUGAAUGCUUGCAUACAGCUGUGCCAAUCCGAAUACGGCUGCACCCAUAUUUCGUAUUGUCCACCUGGGGAAGGAGAUUGUGGCGCGGGCACUUGCUUGCGAUUUCAAGGAUUGUGCAGCACCUUGCUUUUCGACGACGCGUUCGCCUCACACUACACAUACCACGCGGAGAACGCAUGUGUAGUUGUGGAUUCUUUCUCACCGACACCUCGACCUCCACCAACAACGGCGCCUACGGCACCCACACCACCACCGACACCAGCACCAGCCGUUUGCGAAUAUGAUUACACACCCUAUGGAGCAGCAGACUGUGAUGUUGGGUGGGAUUUGUGGAGUCUUACCUGCCAGACCCUUGAAGACGAGUACUAUUGGGAUUGCACAGGAUGCGCUUGCCCGGGAGACGUGCCAGCACCCACGCCGGCAAUUACGCCAGUUUGCGUCUAUGAUUGCAC